ACAGAAGAAGCAGCACAGAACUGUCGGAGCCAUAGUAAUAUUUUUUUUCUAAGAACUGAUCAUUUCUGGGGAGACUUGCAUCAACUAUCAAAAUGAAGAUACUGGUACUUUUAGUCAUACUUGCAGCCCUUCUAGUAGAAACCCACCAAGAAGAUGCUCAAGUGGAUGCUGAUACUAACACUGAAGACGUUGAGGGCAGUGGUUCAAAUAUGAACAAUGAUUUAGAGGGUAACGAUGAUGGUGACGUUACUGAGACGGAAGGAGAAACUGGCGAUGGUGAGGACAAUUCAAACACUGGGGGAGAUGGAACUGCAGAUGAUGGGGCCAACUCAAACGCUGAGGAAGAUGGAACUGCAGAUGAUGGGGCCAAUUCAAACGCUGAGGAAGAUGAAAAUGCAGAUGAUGGGGCCAAUUUAAACGCUGAGGAAGAUGAAAAUGCAGAUGAUGGGGCCAAUUCAAACGCUGAGGAAGAUGGAACUGCAGAUGAUGGGGCCAAUUCAAACGCUGAGGAAGAUGGAACUGCAGAUGAUGGGGCCAAUUCAAACGCUGAGGAAGAUGGAACUGCAGAUGAUGGGGCCAAUUCAAACGCUGAGGAAGAUGGAACUGCAGAUGAUGGGGCCAAUUCAAACGCUGAGGAAGAUGAAAAUGCAGAUGAUGGGGCCAAUUUAAACGCUGAGGAAGAUGAAAAUGCAGAUGAUGGGGCCAAUUCAAACGCUGAGGAAGAUGUAACUGCAGAUGAUGGGGCCAAUUCAAACGCUGAGGAAGAUGGAACUGCAGAUGAUGGGGCCAAUUCAAACGCUGAGGAAGAUGAAAAUGCAGAUGAUGGGGACAAUUCAAACGCUGAGGAAGAUGAAAAUUCAGAUGGUGGGGCCAAUUCAAACAGUGAGGGAGAUGAAAAUGCAGAUAGUGAGGACAGUGGGGAUAAUGAAGUUGGUGUUCAGAGCUUUGAUGGUACAUCAAAUUCCGAAGGUGGCAACAUAGAUUCAGAUAGCAACAGUGGCAGUGACAAUGAUGGUGAUGAAAGCUGGGCUACUGAUGAGGAAAGUAGCAACAGUGAAGGAAGCUCUGGAGGAAGCUCUGGAGGAAGCUCUGAAGGAAGCUCUGGAGGAAGCUCUGAAGGAAGCUCCGAAGAAAGCGUAGAGAUGAAUGACGACUGUUGGACUGCAUGGUUUAAUAGAGAUGAUCCCAGUGGAUCAGGAGAUUGGGAGACCCUAGAAAAUCUUUACCACGAAAACCCCGGGAUGAUCUGCAAGAGGCCACUUCGUAUUCAAGUCAGGACUACAUCUGGGCAGAGUGUAUCUUCAACAAAGGACGUCAUUGCAGUGUCAGACACACACAAUGGCUUUGUCUGUAAAAACUCAGACCAGGAGUCAGAUUCAGAGUGCGAAGAUUAUGAAGUCCGUUUCCUCUGCCCUCAAGAGUUUUGUCAAGUGUGCUGGACACAGUGGUUUAACCGAGAGAACCGUGGUGGCAUUGAAGACUGGGAACUCCUGUGUGACUUGAGAGCUGAAAAUCCUGGACAAAUCUGUGAACGGCCACUUUACAUUGAAACUCAGAACCAGCUCAACACUGAAGCUUGUGGCUGCCACAGCUGUAACCGAAACAAUGACUACAAGGUCCGCUUCGGUUGUCGAUGUAGUGUUUAGACAUCCCUGCAUCUACAGUUAACAUUAAAACAAAUCAAAUCAAUAGCAUUACUUCUUGAUUCUAUGAUUCGUCUUUAGUUCCUGUUGUAAUAAGUAAGCAGAAUUUGUAUUGAAAAAAUUUUGUUAAUAACUGGUGUUUACAUGUCCUUUGGGCUCAAUAAUUAAUUUGAUUAAUUUAUUAAUAAUUGUUGCAAAUUUAUUUUCUGUUAAAUUAUUUUGUAUGAAACAAUAAACAAUGAUUGUAAUUACAACU